GUUUUUUGGGGGUGACAGAGUUUCAUGUGAUCUACCGAACCGAUUCCACGCUCCCGAAUCUUCUCCCUCACUCGAAGUCUCCCCCAUUAAUCCUUUCAUGCACGACUUCAAAUUCGCUUUCGCCUCCCGAUGGAGGGGAUAGCUAAGCGGUCGUCUUCUUCUUCUUCAUCUCCUCCUCCUCCUUUUGUUUCUCCUCUGCGCAUGAUUCAGUGCCACUUCGGAACUUGGUGAAAGCUUCUGCACCGACCCGAUUCAUGGAGCUUUCGGUUUCCUUCUUCGCUGCGAGGCCCCACAGAUGCUUUCCCGUCGUCACAGCUCACUCGAACUUGAAGCUCCGGAGGAAACCGUUGACUCCGCGCCGAAGAAGAGCGAUCAGAGCUCAGGCGUCGGAUCCGUCUCUGCGCCGGGAAACUGACAGCGGCUUCGCCCUGCAGGACGUUCCUCAUUUGACCAAUUUCCUCCCGGAUUUGCCGUCGUACCCUAAUCCACUACAAAAGAGCCAAGCUUAUGCCAUUGUUAAGAAAACUUUUGUCAGCCCGGAAGAUGUAGUUGCUGAAAAGAUUGUGGUCCAGAAAGAUAGUCCCAGGGGAGUGCAUUUUCGACGUGCGGGGCCUCGUGAAAAGGUUUAUUUUCAAUCAGAGGAAGUUCGUGCAUGCGUCGUGACAUGCGGAGGUUUAUGUCCGGGUAUAAAUACAGUGAUUCGUGAAAUAGUAUGUGGUUUGAACUACAUGUAUGGAGUUGAUGAUAUACUUGGUAUUGAGGGAGGAUAUAGAGGAUUCUACUCUAAAAAUACCUUGCAGUUGACGCCUAAAGUUGUCAACGACAUCCAUAAACGUGGCGGCACCUUUCUUCAGACAUCGCGAGGGGGUCAUGACACAAACAAGAUAGUGGAUAACAUUCAGGAUCGUGGAAUUAAUCAGGUAUACAUCAUUGGUGGGGAUGGUACGCAGAAGGGAGCAGCUCUCAUAUAUCAGGAAGUUGAGAAACGUGGUCUUCAAGUGGCAGUUGCAGGGAUUCCCAAGACAAUUGACAAUGACAUAGCUGUCAUAGACAAAUCCUUUGGUUUUGAUACUGCUGUUGAAGAAGCUCAGAGAGUGUAUGACAUUUUUAACAGUUGUACGGGUUUCCUAUCUUGUGAAGUCUUGACGGUUUCUUUUCCCUUUUUAACUCCAUCAGGUUUCAUUGCCAUGUAUGCCACUUUGGCUAGCCGAGAUGUGGAUUGUUGCUUGAUUCCAGAGUCUCCAUUCUAUUUGGAAGGCCAAGGUGGGCUUUUUGAAUUUGUUGAGCAGCGGCUCAAGGAGAAUGGGCAUGUGGUUAUUGUGUUAGCAGAAGGUGCUGGACAAGAGUAUGUAGCACAGAGCAUGCGCACAGUCGACGAGAAAGAUGCAUCAGGAAACAGACUACUUCUUGAUUUUGGUCUAUGGUUAUCUCAACAGAUCAAGGACCAUUUUACGAAGGUUCAGAAGAUGGCUAUAAACAUGAAGUACAUAGAUCCAACAUACAUGAUCCGGGCUAUACCAAGUAAUGCAUCAGAUAAUAUCUACUGCACUCUUCUUGCCCACAGUGCCGUGCAUGGAGCUAUGGCUGGGUACACAGGAUUCACAGUUGGGCCUGUAAACGGCAGACAUGCCUAUAUUCCAAUUUCACGAGUCACUGAGACUCAAAACACUGUCAAAUUAACUGAUAGGAUGUGGGCUAGACUUCUUGCAUCAACAAACCAGCCUAGUUUCUUAAAUGGCGAUGAGGCGAUGCUGGGAAAAGUUGAUAGAGCUAUAAUUGAGGAGAUCAACAACAGGACGAUUACAUCCAUAUAGAUUUCACAGCAUUCACUCUCAGAUCCACUGGUCAUCAGCGUCUCUAUUCUUCACGAGCUGAGAUUUCAUGGUCACUCCUGAAGACCUCUUAAAGCAGCGAGCAUUUGCACUGCAGCAUGUCAUAUUAUUUCUAGAUUGUUUUCCGGUAUGAAGUCUAUUUGUAAAUGCAAAACCAUUUAUUGCACUAAGGCGAGAGAAAUUCGAUCUGUGUAAUUUUCUACUAACAAGGGCAUUCACAUUCAGGUUGAUCUAAAGGCCACACACGAUAGAAGAGCUUCUGAUUUUUCAGUGCACGGGGUGGUUCGAAAGAAUGUACCUUCCAUGCUAGAUCUUGUAAUUUUAAUAAUUGAAAGUGUGAUUAUUGUGCAA